AUGGCGCCGUACUAUGAUGGCCUAGUCGCCUUUCUUUUCCGACAGCUUUUCUACACAAUCCCUGCAGUUGCACCUGUCGACCUCCAUGGAAAGGCGGUUCUUUUGACGGGGGCUAACUCCGGGAUUGGUCUUUCUCUUGCAAUGAUCCUCGCAUCACAGGGUGCUGAGGUGGUCACCGCCGUCCGAUCCCUAGCUAGAGGCGAGGCUGCUCGACAGGAGAUCCUUCGAGGUGUUCCAACGGCCAGAAUUGAGGUGCGAGAAUGUGAUUUAGCCUCGUUCAAUUCCGUCAAAAGCUUUGUAGGGCAGCUGAAGGAUGACUCCAAGUCCUUCGAUCUGGUCAUUCUCAAUGCCGGUGUGUGGUGCUCACAGUGGAUGGCUUCAGGAGACGGGUUUGAUCUUUCCCUCCAAGUGAAUGUACUAUCUAAUGCUCUUCUGGCUUUGUCACUCCUUCCGCGUCUCCGAUAUCAAAGUGGUCCACCACGCAUAGUCUUUGUGACAUCCGAGGGUCACGCCAUGGUCCCAACGCCAUUUGCAAGGCAAGGCAGUAUGCUGGACUCUUUCAAUCAAAAGGCCCAACCAUUCAAUCAUUACAAGCACUACUACACGUCCAAAUUAUUCGAGCUUCUCUGGGCUCAGGCCAUGUCUCGACGCGUUGACGCGGGAAAGCUCUCGAUUUGCUCAGUAUCCCCUGGGCUAUGCAAGAGCGAACUAUUCCGCAAUCCUCGUGUUUCCAGUUUCGCCUCCAGCCGAGAAGGGGUUCUGUGCCAGGAAAGACUCUGGAAGGAGAUAGUGGGCAUUCUCGACAGUGUGGACCCUGGUUUGGAGUCUCAUUUGAACUUGGUCAAUUGA